AUAGUAGGUCAUGUUUUGGUUCCUAUAUACGCGUACCGGCCGGCCGCGGCCGAGCAUCCAUACAAGAAAGAAGUAAGCUAGUUGACACCAAGCCAACCCAGCAGAGAGAGAUCUAGAGAGAACCGGCAAUGGCAGAGCUGGCGGAAUUUGCGGUGGGUUUGUCCAAAUCGUUGGUGACUACGGUGCAGUCUGCGAUCGACGAAGACGCCAGGCUCCGGCAAAAGUUGGAGGCUGAUCUUAUGGCCUUCACUUUGCAGCUGGACUUGAUGAAAGGCUUGAUGGACGACGCCAGCCAACUGAUGGAGAACAUUCUGGUAAAGUAUAUUAAAAACCUGAUCUACGAACUAGAAGACUGGAUUGAAUGUGCUUCUCAUCUGGACGACAAGCCAAUCUUUUGGCGUCGGUUGCUCCCGUCCUGCAUGGCACCGCCGCUGCCGCUGGACGAGGCGGUUGAGGAGACACAGGCGCUCCAGAGUAGGGUGGAGUUCGUCAACAGCUGUUACACGAGCUACAAUCUCAUCGGCGGCGGCGACGACUCUGCUGCUGCAGGCGCCGGAGGGUCGUCAACCAGUAUGCUCGUCCAGGCAAGGGGCGCCACCAAGAGUAAGAAAGGCUUUGGUGAUCUCACAAGAUUGAUCACCAUGGCCAGCAGGAAGAAUAGCGCCCUUGAGGUGAUCUCUGUGUGGGGUGCAGAUGGAGAUCAUGGAACCACAUCCAUCAUCAUGAAGACCUAUGAUGACCCUCAAGUCUGCAGAAACUUCACUUACCGCUCCUGGGCGAAGCUCAUUCAUCCCUUCAGUCCCCACGACUUCGUCAGGACCUUGAUGCUUCACUUCUACGCAAACGCGCCUUGCGACAAACAAGACAAAGCUGACAACACAUGUAGGCGUGUCCUUGCCAAGAUGAAGGCCAUGAAGGCCACCCAGCCAGAUGAUCUCUUCCAGGAGUUCGAGCGGCUGGUCACACGGGAGAGGUACAUCGUCGUCUUGGAAGGCCUCUCAAACAUGUCAGAUUGGGAUGCUAUCAGGGCCUUCUUUCCUGACAUGAAGAAUGGCAGCUGCAUCGUCGUGUCCACUCGGCAAUGUGAAAUAGCAACCUUGUGCGCCGGACAAUUUUACCAGAUACUGGAACUCCAGCAAUUCUCGCGUCGCCAUUCUGUCUGCGCCCUUUUCAAGGGUUCUGAAGGCGAUGGAGACAAAAACAAGAACCAUAUUCGUACACUUUUUGGACGCGACCCACAAAUAAAGGAACUCGGUGAAUAUGUAUCAGAAACACGUGUCAACUCUCCCCCGGUGAUGUCCGUGUGGGGAAUACCUGGAGUUGGGAAAUCAGCUCUUGUCAGAAAAUUAUAUGAUGAAAGAAAGCUUCACAGCAAUAACUAUGACAAGUAUUUUUGGGUGGAUGUAUCACGUCCGUUCAAUUUAAGGGACUUGUAUCUGAGCUUACUUCAAGGUAUUCAUCCGGAGAAAGACCCCAUUGAAGAGUGUCACAGUCUUCUGACGAAGCAUCGGUGCUUCGUUGUUAUAGACGAGCUCCGGUCCACAAAAGAAUGGGACUUGAUGCAAGCUGCCUUGAAGCCCAAGAAAGCUAAGAGCGUUAUCAUUGUCAUUACAACUGACAAAAGCAUCGCCACAUAUUGCACAAAUAAUAAUGAAAAGCUCCUGUUUAAUGUCAAGGCUCUAGAAGCUGCUGCAGCCUUUGAUCUCUUCCAAAUGGAGGUUCAUAAGACGUUUCAAGAUGGUGUGGAGCAGGAGGUACAAGAACUUAUUUCGAAGUGUGGAGGUAUACCCAAAGUAAUAGCUGCCAUAGCCUCCAGCAUCGAGAUGAUGGGUAAAAUGCACGUUCUAAUUUCUUUGGAACAGAAAUUUAUGCAUCACCUGGAGACCAACCCGGAGUAUGAUAUGCUACAAGAUCUAUUUGACUGGAUCCGUGUUUACUUCCGCGAUUGUCCAGACUACCUCAAGCCAUGUAUCUUCUACCUGUCAAUAUUUCCUCAAGGCAACAUCAUUCGUCGGAGGCGACUGGUAAGGCGGUGGAUUGCGGAAGGCUACUCCAGGGACAGCCAUAAUGAAUCUGCGGAGGAGAAUGGGGAAAAUCACUUCUCUGAGCUGCUUGAGCUGAGCAUAAUCCAACAGCUAGCAUCACAGUCAUCAUCGACGUCACUAAAUGUUGACACAGAUGUUCGGAUGGUCUUUUGCCAGGUGAAUACUUUCAUUCGAGAGUACAUUGUAUCACAGCGAAGGGAAGAGAACCUUGUCUUCGAACUGGGUGACAAAUGUGCCCUAACCACCCAGCGCACAGGACGUCACCUUGUCAUAUUGAAGGAAUGGUACCGAGACAAAAUUGUGUUUGAGAGGAUGGACUUCUCACGGCUACGGUCGCUGACAGUGUUUGGGGAAUGGAGAGGAUUCUUAAUCUCAGAAAGUAUGAAGCUUCUUCGGGUGCUUGAUCUAGAAGAUGCAUCCCGUGGUGUCAAGCAUGAAGAUCUAGAUAAAGUAGUGAAAUGGCUGCGUCGCCUCAAGUUCCUCUCUCUACGAGGACACGAUGAGAUCAAAUAUCUACCAAGUUCAUUGCAUCGUAUGGGACAGCUCCAGACACUGGAUAUCAGGGAGACCUCCAUAGUCACCCUGCCUGAGACCAUCACCAAGUUAUGCAACUUGCAGUACAUACGUGCCGGUAGACGACAACAUCAUCGCCAGCUGUUUGGUGUUGAGGUGCCUAGAGGGAUUGGGAAACUCACGGCGCUGCACAUGCUUGGUGUUGUCGACAUCGGUGCUUCAGGCACAAAGACCAUGAUGAAAGAGCUCAAGGAGCUCACCCAGUUGCGCAAGCUUGGAGUCUCUGGCAUCAACAGGAAGAACAUCAAGAAGUUUGUAGAAUCAAUUCAUGGUGCCCAUUUGGAAUCCUUGUCCCUGCAGCUCGACAAGGACAAUCAAGGCUGCUUGGAUGGUAUCUCCAUGCCUAGGGCUUGGGUGAACCUGCAGAGCCUUAAACUGUAUGGGCUUCAAGAUAAGUUGCCACAAUGGAAGGACCAACUUAGCAAGCUCAGGAAGUUGGACCUGGAGAUGGCCACUUUAAAACAAAAUGACAACACUGAGUUCCUUGCCAAGCUACCAGAACUAUGCAUUCUGCGCCUUUGUGUCGAGCAGCUUCAGGAUAAUAAGAUUAGUUUUUCUGCGAAGAUGUAUGGAGAAGAGGUACCCACAUACGAAAAGGUGAAGAUCCUCGAGAUUUCUUGCAGCUCCAGCAGCUCAUUACAUGUGACCUUCGGAUCAGAAACAAUGAAAAAUCUUGAGCUGCUCAAGCUUGACUACUCCAGCGGGUUGUCGUCAUAUGACCUGACUGGCCUGAAUUAUCUGUCUGAGCUCAAGGAAGUCUUGCUGAAGGGCACCAACGAAGAAGCACUCAAGACAGACCUCGAGCAAAAGCUUCUCAACCAUCCAAACAAACCUGUCGUGAAUCAUAGGUGAUGUGUAACAUUGGCAAGUGUUUUAGAUGAAACAUUGAUGUGGAUACUUUGGAUAAUAUGAAUAUUUAUGUGAUGACAUGUAUCUUG